AUGAAGUUUGUGGUGGUGAACUCAUGCCCCAGCACGAUCCGGUGUUUCCGGAGCGCCUUUGUGGAAGUCAGCAAGGCCCUCCCCAGACACAUUGGCCUUGAGUGUUUCCAGGGAAGCCUAGCCGACUAUGUGCACUCCCUGCACUGUCCGGAGAACCAGAACACGGCCGUGGUGUCGCCCGCCAAUUCCCUCUGUUUCAUGGGCGGCGGCUUUGACCGAGGAAUAGCAGAGUUGCUUGGCGAGCGUGGUUCUGGGUACCGCGCGGUUGAAGCGGCCAUCCAGAACCACGUUCUUUCCAGACACCACGGGUUUGUUCCGCCGCAAGCCUCCAGUGUGGUGGACCUCCAGGAAGCACUAGGCGGGGGCCACGCGAGCGGCUCCAAAAUCACGCAUCUCGUCCUAAGCCCGACCAUGGCGGUGCCGGAGAGAAUCUCCUACACUACGGUCUUCUACUGCAUGUGGAACACGCUUUUGGCAAUGGACGGCCCGUUCGACACGGUGGUCUUGCCCGCGAUUGGCGCCGGGUACGGAGGCGUGCCUGCAGCCGUGGCGGCGGCCACCAUUUCCGGUGCCCUCGGGCUAUUCUACAUGAGGAUGGGCUCGCCGUUGAACCGCGGGGCCGCGGUGUUGCUUUUUCUCCGCAAGGACUACCGGGCGCUCGGGAUCCCCGCGGACAUAGCCCGCAUCGAGUCUGUGGUGGCGCACAAGGAAGAAGCGAUUUCUGGCGCCAAGAAUCACGGGCCCGCCGAGCACGAAGGGCCUCUCGAAUGGCGGGAGCUCUCCCGUAUUCUCGACUCACUCGGCUAA